AUGGGUCAGGAAGAAUCAAGUAUGGUGGACGACUCUACCCCUCCACAGACAAUCUCCGAGCGCACCAUCUCAGCCAUUGCCGACUAUAUCAAGAGUGGUGAUGUCAAGCGGAUUGUCGUCAUGACAGGUGCUGGAAUUUCUACCGCCGCAGGAAUUCCUGAUUUCAGGUCGCCAAAGACUGGGCUGUACAGCAAUCUUGCUCGCUUGAAUUUGCCACAUGCUGAAGCGGUUUUCGAAAUUUCCUACUUCAAAGAAAACCCGGAGCCGUUCUAUGUCCUCGCCAAGGAGCUGUAUCCUGGCAAAUUUCAGCCAACAGUCUCACACGUGUUCCUGUCCCUCCUUGCUAAAAAGGAUCUAUUGCACAUGCUAUUUACGCAAAAUAUCGACUGUUUGGAGAGAGCUGCUGGUGUACCCGCGGAAAAGAUCAUCGAGGCUCACGGAAGCUUUGCCAACCAACGAUGCGUCGAGUGCAAGAAAGAGUUCCCCGACGACGAAAUGAAGACCCAUGUCCACAGCGGACAUGUACCUCGAUGCAUAGAUAUGAGUUGCAACGGUCUCGUCAAGCCGGAUAUUGUAUUCUUCGGCGAAGCACUGCCGCGAGCCUUCUCAGAGAAAAGCCACACGGUAGUCAUGGCUGACCUGGUGCUGAUCAUCGGCACCAGUCUGCAGGUUUAUCCCUUCGCUGGCCUACCACAGAUGACACGAGAGUCCAUCCCACGUGUUCUAUUCAACAUGGAAAAAGUUGGACAGAUUGGGACAAGACCAGAUGAUGUCUUGUCGCUGGGGCCAUGCGAUGAUGGCGUUCGUCAGCUCGCGGCUGAGCUUGGCUGGGGCGAUGAGUUGGAGAAGAUGUGGCGCGGAAUUGUUGGAGAGGAGGAGGCCGAAAAGCAGCUAAGGAAUCGAAAGGAGCGCAACGAGGAAAUCGACGAGGAGGUACAGAGACUCACUGAGGAUGUAGAGGCUGCGCUGAGAAUCCACGACGAGGAGGCAGCCAGUAAUGAGGCGGUGGCAAGCAAGUCUCGCCAAUCAGAAGAAGCUGAGCCCAGCGACGACGUCUCGAAACAAAAGACAGACAUGACUGUAGAAACAGAAGACCUCGCAACACGUAGGGAGAUGCCGCCGGCACCGGGAACGGAGCGGGACAGCGCAGUGAACGCAAGGAACGAGUAG